AUGUCGCUCGACGCUCCUACGUCCGCGAUCCACCUCACUCAGCCCCCCAGCGGCUCGUCGCACCUGCGGCCGCCCGCGCUCAUCACGAUCCACCCAUCCGUGAUCGCGUCCAUCCUCACCCACCACCAGCGCCGGCCAGCGGACAGCACCACCCCCCGCGUCAUCGGUACCCUCCUUGGUGUGCGCAGCGAGAAUGGCCAGGAGAUCGAUGUGCGCUCCAGCUUUGCCGUGCCGCAUUCGGAGGGCCAGGAGCAGGUUGCGCUUGACAUGCCGUUCCAGCAGGGCAUGAUGGAGCUGCUCUCCAAGAACGGCAUCAAGGAGUCGAUUGUCGGAUGGUACGCUACUCACCCCGACCUCAACGCCUACUCGGCUCUCAUCCAGAACUACUUCUCCCAGGAGACUGGCGCGUCCCAGGCCAUCCACCUCACCGUCGACACUGACCUCGACGCCAGCGGCAAAAAGGGCCUCGGCAUCAAGGGCUGGGUCUCGUCGUCGCUCGGUCUUAACCCCAAGCCUGAGAACUGCGUCUUCCUCCCGGUCCCCGUCGUCAUCAAGUACGCCGACUCAGAGCGUGCUGGCCUCGACCUCCUCACCUCGGGCAACCCCACCCCGUCACCCUCGCUCCCGCCCCUCCCCUCGCUCUCCUCCUCGCUCUCGCAGCUGUCGACCCUCAUCGACAAUGCACUCGAGUACGUCCAGGCCGUCAACGCCGGUCAGAACGCCGGUGAUGCCGAGGUUGGGCGUUACCUUCUCGAGGGUGUUGGUCGCUGGUCGGCCGGCGCUGGCUCGAACGCCGAGGAGGGCGGAAUCAAGGAGGGUCUGCAGGACACCCUCAGCGUGUCGUACCUGUCCAACCUGGUGCGCGCGCAGGUCGAGCUUGCUGGCCGCCUCGCCCUGCUUCCCCAGUCGCAGCAGUAG